AUGGCGACCAAAUACGACCUUCCUUUCACGCUAUCAGACCCAACUCUGUUGAAUGUUGAUUCCUUCGUCGAUGGCCAAUGGGUCGAGGCAAAGAGUGGGAAGCGGUUUGAAGUACUCGACCCUGGUACUGACAAACCAUGGGCUAGCUGCCCCAAUAAUGCAGUAGAAGAUGUCACUGCAGCCGUAGAAACCGCCCACGCAGCAUUUGAACAAUUCCGCAAAGUCAACCCGCGCCAACGAGCAAAGUGGCUGCUAAAAUGGCACGACCUCACGCUAGCCGCGAAAGAAGAUCUCGCCCAAAUCGUCACACACGAAACUGGCAAGCCGCUAGCCGAAGCAUACGGAGAGAUUGACUACUCCCUCGGCUUCUUGUGGUGGUUUGCAGGCGAGGCAGAGCGAAUUCAGGGCACCGUUUCCACCGCAGCAGCACCAAACCGACGACUAUUCACUAUUAAACAGCCGAUUGGAGUAGCUGCUGCACUGGUCCCGUGGAACUUCCCAGUUGCCAUGGUACUGCGUAAGGUCGGCGCUGCGAUGGCUGCCGGUUGCACGAUGGUUGUGAAGCCAAGUCCUGAGACGCCGAUCUCUGCACUCGUGUUGGCAGAGUUAGCGCAGCGUGCGGGCAUUCCGGCUGGCGUUUUCAAUGUUCUGACAACGGAUUUGGAGAACACACCGUCGUUGAGUGAGGCGCUUUGCAAGCAUCCACUUGUGAAGAAGGUGACUUUCACUGGAUCGACGCGUGUCGGUAAGCUAGUAGCUUCUCACUGCGCGCAUGGUCUCAAGAAAGUGACUCUUGAGCUUGGUGGUAACUGUCCCUUCAUCGUCUUUGACGAUGCCAACCUGGACCAGGCACUUGAGCAGUUGAUGGCGCUGAAGUGGCGCCAUGCUGGUCAGGCUUGUAUUACUGCCAACCGAAUCUAUGUUCAGGCUGGAGUUUAUGAUCAGUUUGCUGCUCUUCUGAAAAAGCGUACUGCUGCUCUAAUCGUUGGACAUGGUGCUGCGGCUGGUACUACUAUGGGCCCUUUGACCACACCCCGCAGCAUCGAAAAGGCUACUGCUCAGAUUGAAGAUGCUCGUCGUCUCGGGGCGGAUGUUCUGCUUGGUGGAAAUCCUGUUGCUAAGCCGGGUUACUUCUUUGAGCCAACCAUUUUAUCGGGAAUGACGGAAGAGAUGCUCAUCUCGCAAGAGGAAUCAUUUGCACCUAUUGCUGCGCUGUACAGAUUUGACACCGAGGAACAGGCAGUCAAGCUGGCUAAUGAUACCAGCAUGGGCCUGGCCAGUUAUGCUUUCACAAAGAACAUUGAUCGUAUGUGGCGUCUGCUGGAGAACCUGGAGGCAGGCAUGAUCGGAAUGAACACAGGUAAUCAAUCGGCUGCUGAGUCGCCUUUCGGUGGCAUCAAGGAGUCUGGAUAUGGCAAGGAGAGUGGAAAGGACGUUGCAGUCAACGAAUACUUGGUGACCAAGACGGGAACAUUGACACUUGAGGGUCAAUACUGA